CACACGCACACACAUACACACAUCAUACUGCACUUUCCACAACUCACAGCUCCUGUGGAAGCAUCACACACUCCCUGGAGGACCUUUCUCUCUGUCUUUCUCCCAUGUGACUUAUAAUGGAGUUUUGAAAUGUUUCAACUUCACUUCUAAUAUCUUUGGAAAUAACAUCUCCAAGCAACAAGGUGAGAUGGAAGGGCUUUGACUUGCACUAGCCUGGAGUUACAUUAUGGUUCUGGGCCAAGCUGUCAACAUGAGUUUGAUGGACAUUUCUAAGAUCUUCUCCCUUCUGCAGCCUAAGGAGGAGGAUGAGGACAACGAACAGUGUCAGGCCUUGAACAAUGCCGUGAGCAGCGACGAUGUGACUCUGCUCACCGAGCUCCUGUCUCAGGAGACCUACAGGAGGUCUAUCAAUGCUCGGAGCGGGUGGGGGGUCCCAGUCACCCCCCUGCGCACCGCUGCUGCUCUGGGACACUUGAGGUGCCUGGAGUUACUGUUGGAACAUGGUGCAGAGAUUGACAGCCUGGAUGUGAAGGCCCAGACACCUCUGUUCACAGCUGUCAGUGGGAAACAUCUGGACUGUGUGGUUGCCCUGCUGAAGGCCGGAGCCGACCCUAACGGCAGCCAGUACAACAACUGCUCUCCGGUGCUGACUGCUGCCCGGGAAGGUGAUGUAGAGGUGCUGCGCGAGCUGCUGAGGUUUGGAGCCGAGGUGGACGUCAGACCCAAAGUACCCGAGUGGGCCUCCAACACCACGGCCUGCAGAGGGCCCCUUUAUAUAUCAGCUGUUUAUGGACACCUGGACUGCUUUAAACUGCUCCUUCUGUACGGGGCCAACCCCAACUACAACUGCACAGAUGAGAAGAUGCUGGCCAGGAUAAAGCAGCCAAAGACAGUUCUGGAGGUUUGUCUCCGUUACGGAUGCGGGGUGGAGUACAUCCAGCUUCUCAUAAACUUUGGGGCAGACGUGUAUCUACCCACACUGAUCAUUGACAAGACAACAAAGCAGAAUGAAGCUCUAGUUCUGCUGCUUAAGGAGAGAGUUUGUCCCAAAACACUGAUGUCCCAGACUCGACUGGCAAUUCGAAGAUACAUCUCCUUUGCUAAUAAAGAGCCCGCCAUUGACAGUUUGGACAUUCCUCUGAUCCUGAGAAACUACCUGAAGCACGACACCUCAGAACUAAUAUGAUGCUCGUGCCAGCAUCAAAAUAUAGGGCCAGUGAAUUUCAUUUUUACCUCGUUGCUGUAGACUCAUGACUUUGAUUCCUAGCUUUCUCCACAAGUAGGACAAGAUAACGGAGACUCACACAACCACUGUCAAGUGCACACUGUGUAAUAUUUUCCUCUGAUUCCUUUAGAGGUCACUGUACUGUCCCAGUGCUGUAAAUUCUUGUUUUUAUUAUUUAUAUCUGAAGUUUGUGAUAGAUUUAUUAAAGAGCUUAAGUAUUUAUAGACAUUUUUAGCUCUGCAAAGCUGUUUGAAGAGACUUUUAUAGCCACAAACGGAUGAUCAUCCUCAAGGGCUCAGUUUUGGAAAAUCUGCCAUGUCCUCAGGAAGUGUAACACCACAGUUGACCACUAGAGACCACAGUAACACUGCUUAUUGCUCUUGUCCAAAUAUGAGGCCUCUCAUUGGCAAUUUUGAUAAUCUUUGUACAAUCUUUAGCUCUUUUUCUUUACAGGUAUCUUUAUGCAAUCAGAUGUAGUCUCACUUCAGUUAUUUAGAUAUCCAGACACAACCAGAGAAACACACACACACACACGCACACACACACUGUCUGCACCACACCAGGACAUCUUAGAUCUUGCCUGAAAAACAGUCUUGCAUCUGUGGACUUCAAAACAUUAGGAAGCGCAGCGAUCAUCCAACACUUCAGCACAGCCAACAGGGAGAAUAUAUUUGCAUAAGUCUCAUUACUUAUUGAUUACAGCAUAGUUAUUUGCAGGCUACAAUUUGUGGUUGGAAGUUUGUUGAAAUUCUUUUUCUUUUGUGGCUAGUGAAUACCAGUCUGAUGAUGGUUCUUAUCUAAACUUGUGUUUUUAAAUUCAAAGUCCGGCCUUUUAUUUGUAGCACGUACAGCAGUUAAUGUGUCAGCUGUUGGGAAUGGGGGCCCAACAAACAGGAAAUGAUGUCACACGACAGGAAACCCAACACAAUGCUCUCACACAUACUUUGACGCCUUGACACACAGUUCUGUAGAGGUUUUAUUUUCAACAAAAGUACAGCUAUAUCAGAUAUGGAUUUAUUUUUACAGCGAAGUACAACAUAUUCCCAGUGCUUCUGAUUACAUCAAAACAUAUAAUGUACAUACAGUUGACAUCUCCACUCUCCCAUUCACAGUUUCUGGAUUGAAUAGGCAUUAUUUUUAAGGUUUUUCAUUUCUACAACAAAUAAUCAAACUCAAAAGGCCAGCAAGAAAGAAAAUGACAAAAAUGUUUGCAUAUGGUGACAAAGGAUAUGGAUACUGUGAAUAAAUUCUUCUGUGAUAGGCAAAAAUCCAGACCUCAAACUAGAUGGUAAUAUACAAUGACUAGAUUUCAAAAAGUGGGAUGUCAGUCUUCUGUUUACCUUGUUGUCACUGAACACCACAUCGAUAUAUGGCUCAUUUGAAGACUCUGUUGUACCCUGACUAUUCUGAAACAACACAGGACUGCAUAACCAACUGCAAAGAGUUCCUACUGAAGAUGUUGCUAUGCUAAAUGUGAGUGAACGUGGUUACUGGCUCAUGUAACACCCUGGGCUAAAAGGAAUUGCAGAAAUCUGAGCAACCUCUGGACAGUCUGCUAACUUGGCUGUCUUGGUUUUAUGACUGGAAAGAGAGAUUAAAAAAAAGAAGAAAAAACUGCACAGAAGGCUGUCCUCUCAAUCUACAAGGUCAGAUUGAUCAUUUUAUAAAACCAAUAUGUACAUCCUUUUAACAAUGUGGCCCAAAUGGUGUUAUUUCAUACUGCAUUCAAUAAAUACAAGUGAGGAAUUAA